AUGAGCGAUCUGUCCGUGCAGCUGACAGCCCCGAAUGGGCGCACAUACGCCCAGCCGGUUGGUUUGUUCAUCAACAAUGAAUUUGUCGCUUCCAAGUCCGGCGAGAAGUUCGCCACCAUCAACCCUUCAAAUGAAGCGGAAAUCACCUCGGUCUAUGCUGCGGGUGAAGAAGACGUGGAUAUUGCUGUGAAGGCUGCCCGGAAAGCCCUCAACCACCCGUCAUGGAAGUUGUUGCCUCCGACUGAACGGGGCACCCUGAUGUUGAAGCUGGCCGACUUGGUCGAGCAGCACAAGGAGACGCUUGCCACCAUUGAAACGUGGGACAAUGGCAAGCCAUACUCCGUUUCGUUGAACGAUGACCUGGGAGAGGUUGUUGGCUGCCUCCGGUACUAUGCUGGAUACGCCGACAAGGUCCAUGGUCAGACUAUUAGCACCACCCCGGCCAAGUUUGCCUAUACUCUUCGUCAGCCAAUUGGUGUCGUGGGUCAGAUUAUCCCCUGGAACUUCCCUCUCGCGAUGGCUGCCUGGAAGUUGGGUCCUGCCUUGGCCUGCGGAAACACCGUGGUUCUGAAACCGGCUGAGCAGACUCCGCUCAGUGUUCUCUAUCUUGCCAACCUCAUCAAGGAGGCCGGUUUCCCGCCAGGUGUUGUCAACAUCCUGAACGGCCUUGGACGCGUAGCUGGAAGUGCGCUCGUGACCCACCCCGGGGUGGACAAGGUUGCCUUCACAGGUUCGACGUUGACUGGCCGCGAAGUUAUGAAGUUGGCUGCAGGCACCCUGAAGAACAUUACGCUCGAGACAGGUGGCAAAUCUCCCCUGGUCGUCUUCAGUGAUGCCGAUAUCGACCAGGCUGCCAAGUGGGCGCAUGCGGGUAUCAUGUACAACCAAGGACAGGUUUGCACCGCCACCUCUCGUAUCCUGGUGCACGAGUCCGUCUAUGACAAGUUCGUGGCGCUCUUCAAGGAAGCCGUGGCCAACACCAGCAAGGUGGGCGAUCCCUUUGCCGACGACACCUUCCAGGGUCCCCAGGUCACCAAGGCCCAAUACGACCGCGUGCUCUCCUAUAUCGAAGCUGGAAAGUCCGAAGGAGCGACCCUGGUGGCCGGUGGCGAGCCGUUCAAGAACGUCGGCGACGGCAAGGGUUUCUUUAUCGCGCCCACCAUCUUCACCAACGUCAAGGAUAACAUGCGGAUCUACCGGGAGGAGGUUUUCGGACCAUUUGUCGUGAUUUCCAGCUUCUCAGAGGAGGACGAGGCUGUGAGACGGGCCAACGAUACGACCUAUGGACUGGGCGCUGCCCUGUUCACCAAGGACAUUGAGCGUGCACACCGGGUUGCGUCGGAGAUCGAAGCGGGCAUGGUCUGGAUCAACAGCAGCAACGACAGCGAUAUCCGGGUGCCUUUCGGGGGUGUGAAGCAGAGCGGAAUUGGGCGCGAACUUGGCGAGGCCGGUCUGGAGGCCUACUCACAGAUCAAAGCGGUCCAUGUCAACUUGGGAACGAAGCUGUAG